UUUACUCAAGAUCUGUCCUGUCUAGAGAACUGGAGAAACUCAACAUGUCACAGAGGGAGAAUGCAAAGGUCCAACAGUCUGUUGGAGGUGACAAUCUGAACACUAUGGUGCUGCUGGGAAUAAACAGCAAUGAAAAGUGCACGAUAGGGAAUGCCAUUCUCAAGGAAGACCAUUUUAAGGCUGCAAGCAACACAUUUGUGAGGGUUGAGGGAAAAGUGGCUGGUCAGAAUUUCUGCAUUAUUAGCACUCCAGACCUUAUUCAAAGACCAAGCUGUGAUCCAGAAGCUAACACUAUGGAGGAAAUGAAGCCAUCAUACACAGGUCAACGUAUGUUCCUCCUGGUACUACAGGAUUACAAGCUUUCAAAGGAAGAAACAGAGAUGUUCACCCAGCUGAAAGAGAGAUUUGGAAGUAAAAUGGUAGAAAGCACAAUAGUUGUACUGGUUACUAGUGAAGAAAAAAGAUCUAGACAGCCAUAUAGUCAAGCAGAUGAGAACCUCAAAGAAGUCCUGGAUCAGUGUGGAAAGAGAAUUUGUGUUCAUAACAAGAAUCGAGACACAGAAGACACUGAGUUAAUCCCACAGGUAAUGGAAUAUUGGGGGGAAAUGCAGGAGAAGCAGGCUCAUGAAUCAAUCAACUUGACUUAUCAACCAUCUGGUGAAGAAAAUCUAUAUGAGGAAGUUGAUACCAUAAAACUAAUGAAGGAAGUACCUCAAGUGUCAACAGUGUCAGAAAAAAACAAAGGGGAAAACAUCCAGUCGUCUGGAGGUGACUACAAGAUCACAGUGGUGUUGCUGGGAAAGAAAAUCCAUGACAAAUGUCUGAUAGGGAACACCAUUCUUGGAAACAGGCAUUUCAAAUCAGAAAAGACCACUUGUGAGAAGGCUGAAGAAAACAUAGCUGGUCAGAAGUUCUGCAUUAUUAUCACUCCAGACAUUUUCCAUAAAUCAAAUUCAGAUUCACAAGCUGACAUUAUUGAGGAGCUAAAGCCAUCGUACCCAGGUGCACGCAUGUUCCUCUUGGUACUGCAGGAAAAAAAGAUGUCUCAAAAAAAGUUGGAGAUGUUCUUCCAGCUGAAAGAGAAGUUUGGAAAUAAAAUGGUGGAAAGCACAAUUGUUGUGCUGGUUAACAGUGAAGAGAAAAGAUCCGGACAGCCAUUUGACCAAGCUGAUGAGAACCUCAGAAGAGUUCUGGAUGAGUGUGGAAAGAGAAUUUGUGUUCACAAAAUGAAACAAGAUAUAAAAGACACUGAGCUAAUCAAACAGAUGAUGGAAUAUUGGGGGAAAUGCAGGAGAAGCAGGCUCAUGAAUCAAGCAACUUUGCCUCUGGUGAAGAGAGAGGAGAACAUCCAGCCAUCUGGAGGUGACUACAAGAUCACAGUGGUGUUGCUGGGAAAGAACAGCCAUGACAAAUGUCUGAUAGGGAACACCAUUCUUGAGAAAAAUCAGUUUCCAAUUAGAAAAGAGAAGGAGAUGUUCACCCAACUGAAGGAGAAGUUUGGAAAGAAAAUGGUUGAAAACACAAUUGUGCUGGUUAACGGGGAGAAAAAACACUCUUCAAUGGACUCUUCUAAGGUGACCUUCAAUAAUGAUUUCUACAGACAGAUUUUGGAUGAGUGUGGAACCCGAGUCUUGUGA